AUGGAUGUGGAGCGGCAGCAGCAGCAGCAGCAGCCGUUACCAGGAACGCUCAGCUGGCGGUUGAGUUCGCACCCCAUAACACUGCUAACCUUCCUAGCCUUUCGAAUAUCGAGCGUGCUGGUAUACUUCUUUGGUCUCUGGGUCACGGCCAGCAUGAUCAUGAUCUUCAUCAUCACCAUCCUCCUCCUCGCCGCAGACUUCUACUACCUCAAGAACAUCGCCGGCCGGCGCCUCGUCGGCCUCCGGUGGUGGAACGAAGUCGACCCCCAGACCGGCGAGUCCAAAUGGGUCUUUGAGUCGAGCGAGCCCGGCACAAAGGUUGUCAACGCCACGGACAGCAGGUUCUUCUGGCUGUCGCUGUACGUGCAGCCCCUGCUGUGGAUUCUGCUGGCCGUCUUGGCCAUUGUGAGGUUGCAGUUUUUGUGGCUGCCCCUUGUUAUCAUCGCCCUUGUUUUGACAAUUAUGAACACUCUUGCCUUUUCGAGAUGCGACAAGUUCAGCCAGGCUUCUAAUUUGGCCGGCAGCGCGUUGGGCACCACGAAUUUGGCCGGCAGCAUUGCGACAAAUCUGGCCGGACGGUGGUUUUCGCGUAACUAA